ACCUAGACAUCUCACAAUACCUCACUCCCCCAGUCAGAGUCGGUCUCCUUCCUCUCUUAAAUUAACUGCAAAACAGAAGCAUCCACCCCUCCACACUUUUUUGUCAUUUUCCCCAAAUUUUUUUAUCAUUCUCCCAAAUUUUUGUUCUCCAAUGCAUGAUCCACUCACCUUCUCAAAAUUUUCUUUUACUUAAUUAACCCCAAUAAAAAACAUUUUGCAUGAAUGAACAGGGAACUAUUACCUGGAGAUCCCCACCCUAACGAAGUAAGAAGCUACCUCUCCCUUUCUCUUUUGUACUUCUCAUCACUUCCCACUAACCCUUUUAAAUAUAAAUCCCCUCCUUCCUCUUCUCUUUCACUUUCACUCUUCACUCUCCCACUUCACUUCCCCUAUAUAUUUGCUUCACUUUCAUUUGUUCAAUACUUCCUCUCCCCUUGCACAUUCAUGUUCUAAUUUUUCUUUCAUCUGGUGUCGUUUAUUAUGUUCCUUUCGCUACGUUAAAUUGAUUGUCGCCAUUGUCCAUUUUCCUUUCGCCUUGCUGCCUUCGUCCUUCGGCUUUAGGACUAGCUCAACGCUUGAAGUAUUGUGAUUUGUGAGUUGUCAAGUAACAAUUAUUUUCUCAUUUUCUUCAUUUAUUCAUCUUCGAAAAAUGAAUGUGCAUGAUCAACAUCAAAGAAAGCCUUUUCCAGUAGAGCGAAGGCCAAGAAUGCUCCUCAAAGAUUUCCUCUGUGAAAAUUCUAACUCAUGUUCUUCAAGUGGUUUCAAUUCAUUUCCAAGACAAUCACCAACCAACCCAAGCAAUACCCCAAAAAUCCUAAAUUCAUGUUCAGAAAAUACCAAUAUCAUUUCCAGAAAACUACUCAGAAGCAGAUCAAAAGCAGCCUCCACCACAAUCUCAGCAUUCCACUCCCUCAUGAAUGCAGUCAAAAACAUCCCAUUUACCACGGUUAAACCUCCCUCGUUUUUACCUAGAAGCCUUUCAAGGAGGCUGCAGCAGUCAAAAGACUCAAAACAGAACUCACCAAGCUCAUCAAGGAAGCAGGGUAGUCAAUGUCAAGUCCAAAUUACCGUGAGAGUCAAGGACAUCAUACGGUGGACAUCGUUCCGCGAUGAGAAGUUACCGCCACCUCCGCCGUUGGACUUUGUUUCUUCACCUCUGCAUUGUACCACAAGCACCACCAUAACAGGCUCCACCACUACAUGUACUACUUGUAGUAGUAAUAGCAGCAGCAACGGUUCAAGCUGGUCUGACAGUGAUUUCACCUCGGAGUUUUUACCGCGUUGGGGUGGUAACUCUGACCCUGACUGUGAGGAGGAUGGUAAAAAAUAUUCACCAUGUGUCGGCAGGGAUUCCAUGGAAAUGGACGCUACAUCAGGGACAGGAAGUUACGCCGCAUUGGGACCCAAGGUUGAGCUGCAACCGUGUGAUGAAGAAGAUGAGCAGCAGAGCCCAAUUUCAGUGCUUGGUUUUCAAUUUGGGGAAGAUGAAGACUCGUCAUUUUCAAGUACUUUUGGUCAAAGCAUGGCCAAUAUGGAGAGGGCAAAAGAAAUGCUUAUGAAGAAGAUCGAGCUCUUUGAGAGUCUUGCAACAAUAGAUCCUGUCAACUUAGACACAUCAAUGUCGUUCAACGAAAGAGCCAACUUUGAAGAAGAUGAUGAAACAGCAGAAAGGGCAAUGGAGCUGUUAAACCAUUGCAAAGCAAGCUGCCCAGACCUAAAGAGCUGGGAGCUGGAAAUAGUGGAAGAUCAACUAUUGUUUGAUUUUUUUAGAGAAGAAAUGAGUGCACAACGAAAUAAAAAAGAUGAUGAGUUUAAAAGGGAAAUGGUUAGCAAAGCAAAAGCUUGGAUGAGAGGGGAGUGGGGAUCACUAGAGCACAACAAGGAAGCUUGUGUGAGAGAUAUGCACAAAGGAAGGAGGUGGAACAAGUUUGAGUUUGAGCAACAGGAGCUGGCUUUGGAAAUAGAGACUGCCUUGUCAGAGUACUUGGUGGAUGAGCUUUUGCUUGAUCUCUUAUCAAGAUAAGAGCUCUACUUCUAGAGAAGGACUUAUCUACAUUUUCUGUAUGUUAUACUCUAGCGUUCCUAACCAAUAUUGAUGUAAUGUCAUGUGUUAUACUAUUCUUACGGAGUAUGUUGCAUCAGUGGUCCUGUAUGCUAUUGAAGAACGUAUCAUACUCACUUGGUUUCAGUUAGGGCCCCGUGGAUGAGGCAUGUCUUAUGAUAACAGCCAAUUGCAGUUUCCAAUAGUGGCCUUCGGCUAAGACCAAGGAUGGACGGAGACAGUGGAUGAGCAAUUGAGAGCAUUGGGUUUAAAGUGACCAUCUUUUCUGUGUCCCUGACAAUUUCAUCUUUUGUAAAGACGGGAUGAAAAAGAAUGUGAGAGUGAGAGACAUAACUUAUGCCCCAUUUUUUGUAGGGUCUGCAUUUUGAACAUUUGUGAAAAUAAAUGUGUAAUAAGAAUUAAAUUCUCAAAAAGACUAUUGAUUUUAAGGCUCCUUCGUUAGCCUCCUAUAUUCA